GGUGAAUUAAUGCUGCCUGCGCUGCUUCCCUCUGGUCACCCAGAGCUUCCUUCUCCAGGAUCAGGGCUUCGUUUUCCCCCAAACAAGGAUCAUCUACUUUCAAAAAAUCACUCACCCCUGAGAUGCCAGGUGGUUCUGGGCAGCCAGGCUCACAGACGAUAAAGAAAGGGCACAGAGGAGUGGACUCCACAGGCGAGACCACCUAUAAAAAGACAACAUCAUCUGCCUUGAAAGGUGCCAUUCAGCUGGGCAUUACACACACAGUUGGAAGCUUGAGCACCAAGCCUGAAAGAGACGUUCUCAUGCAAGAUUUCUAUGUAGUAGAAAGUAUUUUCUUCCCAAGUGAAGGGAGUAACCUGACCCCAGCUCAUCACUACAAUGACUUUCGGUUCAAAACCUAUGCUCCAGUGGCCUUUCGCUAUUUCCGGGAGCUCUUUGGGAUCCGACCAGAUGACUAUCUGUACUCGCUCUGCAAUGAGCCACUCAUUGAACUUUCAAACUCUGGGGCCAGUGGAUCCCUCUUCUAUGUAUCCAGUGAUGAUGAGUUUAUCAUCAAAACGGUUCAGCACAAAGAGGCUGAGUUCUUACAGAAGCUGCUGCCUGGCUACUACAUGAAUUUGAACCAGAACCCAAGGACACUGCUGCCAAAGUUUUAUGGCUUGUACUGUGUCCAGGCUGGAGGCAAAAACAUUCGCAUUGUUGUGAUGAACAAUCUACUGCCGCGCUCUGUCAAAAUGCACCUGAAAUACGACCUGAAGGGCUCCACCUACAAACGCCGAGCAUCCCAGAAGGAGCGGGAGAAGGUCUUCCCAACGUACAAGGACUUGGAUUUUAUGCAGGACAUCCCUGAUGGCCUCUUCUUGGACUCUGACAUGUAUAAUGCUCUGUGCAAAACAUUACAGAGAGACUGUUUGGUCCUGCAGAGCUUUAAAAUCAUGGAUUACAGUUUGCUUGUUGCAAUCCAUAACAUUGAUCUGGCACAAAGAGAGCACGCAAUGGCAGACGGGACAUCCCAGACUGAUACACGGCGACCUGCUGCCCAGAAAGCCCUCUACUCGACAGCCAUGGAAUCCAUCCAAGGAGAGGCCCGGCGAGGUGGCACCAUAGAAACAGAUGACCAGAUGGGAGGCAUUCCAGCCCGCAACGCAAAGGGGGAGAGGCUGCUGCUGUACAUCGGCAUCAUUGAUGUGUUGCAGUCCUACAGAUUUGUCAAGAAGCUGGAGCACUCUUGGAAGGCCCUGGUACAUGAUGGGGACACUGUAUCUGUGCACAGACCCAGCUUCUAUGCUGAAAGGUUCCAACGAUUCAUGUGCAACACAGCGUUCAAGAAAAUACCGUUAAAGCCAUCGCCUUCUAAGAAGAGCCGGUCUGGCACAACAGUUCCUCGGCGGAGCUGUCAAGGAGGAGUGCCUUCCCAGUCACACAUGUCAUGCGAGACAAAAGCACAAGUAACGACAGAGGUGGAUGUAGAGCAAGGUUCCCACCUUGGUCGCCCAGAUCUCCUGCCCAGGACCCUGCCGGUAGACGAAGCUAACAGUGAUUCCAUUGCAACAACCCUGUCCACUUCUUCUUUGGGCAGUGGAGGCCUCAACUCACCUGCAAAUAGGUCUUCCCCUUCUGUUUCCCCAGUGGCUCCCCAGGGCCUUCCGUACCUGAGCACUCCGCAGAGCUGAGAGAGCAGCUUGAAGACCUGCAAGAGACGGAGAUAAGCUUUUGAAGCAACACCAAAACCACCGUGAUGGAAGCAGAUUGUUCUGUGCUCUGCGUGGUCUGUGGAGUCUGACAAACAUUCAGCCCCUGUUGCUGAUUUAUUAUUUUAUUUUGUUCAAAGUAAUCUUAUCUGGACAGAAACCUAAAAGCUGGAAGGCUGGGCUACACUUAGUGGGAUAGUGUUAACAAAGAUCGAGCCAGCACAGCUGAGCGUCGGACACCUGGAAGUCUCCUUAGAGCAGAGCCCACCACUGUGUCCCUGCUGUCCUCCUUUCUUUGAAGCCUGGCGAGAGCAAAGGCGGCUGUCAGGAGGAGGAGGAGGAACUGCUCCAUGUGGGCUGAAGCCCUCUGGAAAAGGGAUCUGACUUUCAGGGAGUUAGCUGCUUACGAUGCUGACGCCACAGACCUUGCGAGAAUGGGCAACUCGUCGGAGUUACUGGGGGGGAAACGGGCAUUAGAGCCUCAUUGGGACAGUUUGCGACAGAGCAACGUGGUUUUAUUUUGUAUUUUAAACAAGUUUUUAAUUUAAAUGUUUUUCUGAAUUCAGUCAUAUCACUUCUUUUUAGUCUUGCAAUAUGGUAAUUUUUUUUCUUAAUAAGUAGGGUUUUUUUUUCCAGUGUUCCACCAGCAAGUAUCCCAUGUGAGAGAGGCAGAGAGGGGGAGCAGAAGCUGUAUUGACUGUGGAUGACCUCCUCUCCUCCUCCAGCCACUCCUGGCUGCCAGAGCCUCCUCCAUUUUCAAUCUUGCAUCGCCCUGAGACAGCAACAAGGAGAGCUAGGUGCUGCGCUGUAUUGCUUGGAGCAUUUUGAAUGUGUGAAGCUUUUAAGACGUCAGGGAGGUUUUGGAUUGCUUUGUCCCUGGUUUUUAAACGACGCCCUUUUGUUCCUUCCCCGCCAAGCAGGGAGUCGCAGGUGAAGGGAGAUCUUUGUAAGGGGCGUGCUUUUUUAAAAGUAUUUCUUAAGCAAAUGGACCAAACCCAGCCUGCUCCGUUCCCUUCCCCUGCCCUCUGUCCUGCUGCGGGCACCAUGUGCAAAACUCUUCCUGUUUUUAUAGCUCGGCUCCCUUUUGAUAUCUCGCCUGUAUCGUAGCCGCUGUUGACACCAGUGUUCCCUGCGGCGUGAAACCAAGGUUCCUACCUAAAUGGGACAGACUUCUGCCUCCACAAAAGUAUGAGGCAUUUUGAGUCCGGUUUUAAACAAAAUAAUAAGCUGAAAGGAGGGAUUGUUCUGCUGCCAUUUCCCUGCGGUGACGCCUGGCCCAUGCUGGCUGCAGAUGCUUCUCUAGAGAUCUCAGAGCAGAUGUCGGACUGAUUGUUAUUUUCACUAAAUGCUUUUUUUAAAGAAAUGAAGUGACUCUUCCCCGUGUUCCUGGUGGGUUAGAAUCCUCCGUUCUUUUUUAUAUAUAUAAAAAAAAGUAAUUUAAAGCUUGCCCUUGCGAUAGUGCAAGGGGUUUCUAUACUAAUUAGCAAUGAUUGCUAAGGAAACAAAGAAUGUAGUGGUGUAGAAAGGGAUUUUUUUUUUUAGGUGAUGUUUCAGAGCCAAGUCU